AUGACAGCCGACGAUAUGCGCCAGUCGGACUCCAAUGACUUCAUCUAUCUAGCCAUCACAAUUGGCCGCCUGGGCUACGUCUGUCCCCGGGAAAUAUCAUCUUUCCUCACCACAUUCAUUCGAACUUGGUGCCUGUCUCUGCGCAACAUUCGCGACAACGAAGAGAAAGACAGUGCCUUUCGUGGUAUCUGUAAUAUGAUUACGCUGAAUCCGCCCGGGGUGCUAGAUGACUUCCUCUUCUUCUGUGACGCUGUAGCCUCAUGGAACAAUCCGAAAGAGGACCUGAAACAACUCUACUGCCUUCAUUCAUUCAUCAGAGGCCUGGUCAAGCGCACGGGCAGUUACAGUUUCGGGGUUGUUUACCGCCUACGACUGGCGUGUAUGACAACACCGCAACAGACUUGGCGUUGCACUCGCGCUACACUUGAGAAUGAACCAGGCGCCUUUUUAAUUGGACUGCAAUUGGCACGAUUACCCACGCACCCAGUGCGCUUUUCGUCUACGUUUUUUCUUGGUGUCACUGUGGAGGACGAGUUCGACGACCGAUUUGAAUGGGGUUGCAUUCGGCAUCUAACUUGUUGCACGGCGUAA